CGAUUUUCAAAGUAUCAGUCGUUUCAAUUACAUACAUCAAAUGGAGGAAAAAACGUACUUUUUUCCUAUAGCGAGGCUUUUUAUGGAAUUAACAACGAUAUGGUAUCCUAAAAGAAUGACCGAAACUUCACGCAAAGUGUACAAAAUAUUAGCCUAUUUUCUCAAAGGAAAUUAUUAUUUAUUUGUUACUUUAUUCAUUAUCGGUAUACUUACAACAGAUUCGGAAGCAGAUCGGGAUUUAAAUUUGCAAUAUCUUCCCACUUUGAUUGCCAUUGCAGCACGGAUGUGGCUUCUUCAAACCAAAAAAAUUAAAGAUCUUUAUUCAGAGAUAUACGAUGUGGAAAAAAGAAUAGCUUCAGAAGAAAAUCAAAAUUUAAGAAACAUUUUCUUCGAUGAUGUGAAAUACAACAAAAAUUUAACAAAAUUAAUUAUUGCCUUGAACAGUUUUACCAAUAUCCAGUUGAUUCUGUUUUCGAUGUAUCUGUGGUUGGAAUUGAAAAACGUGCUUUUUACAGUAGUUUGGUACCCUUUCGACUCAUACCAAUACAUAGACCUAGCAGCUUUGCACCAGACUUUAAGUUCUGCUUACACCUUUGCUGUUUACCUAGCGCUAAAUAUCACUAUCGUGCCUCUAAUUUUAUUUGCCACCACCAGAUUGAAGUUACUUUGCUACAAAUUUGAGCAUUUUAAGCAAUUCACGGACAAUAUCGGUUUAUCCCCCAAGGACUAUUUAAGUUUGUUGAUUGAAGAACAUCAGGAUAUAAUAAGUUACGUCGUUUCUGUUAAUCAUUCUAUGAAAUGGUGCUUCAUAGUCGACUUUAUGUUGAAAUCUUACACUUUUACGCAAUAUCUUUACACCGUAUUAAAAUCAUUUAAUGAAGAUCGUGCUAGAUUGGGUUUAGCUCUGUUCGCAUUCAUCGUGGUAUCAGUGGAAAUUUGGUACAUCAGUUAUCACGGGAACGAGUUAAUUCUAGUAAGCCAAGAAUUGUCCAAAUGCAUUUUCGCUAAUAAUAAUUGGUACGAAUUGGACAUCGGCUUGCAAAACGAUCUUCUAAUGAUUAUGGUCCGGUCUGAAAGACCUUUGAGUAUCGUCGUGGGAAAUUUUUAUACCAUCGACAAUAAUUUGUUUUUAAAAAUUAUGAAAGCUGGAUACACUUUUUUGCUGUUCUACAACGUGUAGAAAUGACGUUUAAUAGCAUAUUGAAGCAAUUUUAUUGUAGACCGCAAAGUCUAGUAGUAAUAUAGAUUUAGAAG